AUGGGGGGGAGCGACCGUGCCACCUCCUUGCGGGCCAGGGUGCAGGCCGAUCCAUACGACCAGGAUGCAUGGGACGAUCUCUUAGAUGAACUCAAGACACAGAAGGAUGUCACAGCAGUGCGCGAAGCAUACGAGGCCUUGCUUGCAGAGUUCCCAACAGCGGCCCUGUACUGGAAGGACUUUGCCGAGUUCGAGGUUGGCCACGGCGGAAACAACGCCGCCAAAGUGGUGUACAGCCGCUGCCUGCUGCAGUGCCCCAACACCGAUCUGUGGCGGUCGUACCUCCAGCUCGUCCGUCGGGUGAACGAGAAGCGCGGCGCUGCCGGGCUGGGCGAGGUGCGCCAGGCCUUCGAGUACACCCUGGAUCGCCUGGGCCAGGACGUGGGGUCUGGCGCCAUCUGGCAGGACUACGUGGCCUUCCUGCAGGCCCCACGCCUCGGCUCGCCCGAGCUGGCGGCGCUGUUCGGCGGCGCCGACGCCUCGCAAGAGGACAGCGCGCGGAUGGUGGCCCUGCGCCGUGCCUUCCAGAAGGCCAUCCUGGUGCCCGGCCCCGCCUCGGACGCGCUGUGGGCCGCCUACGAGGCCUUUGAGCUUGCGGGCGCCAACAAGGCGCUGGGGCGGCGUGCGGAAACCGUGGCGGGGCUGGGGCCCGACGCGGCGGGGGCGGGUGAAAGUGACAACGACACCAAGGGGCUGGGCCUGGACCAGGCCCAGGGGACGCUGGCCUGGGUGCAGUACCUGCGCUUCUGCGCGCGGGCGGAGAGCCUGACCGCCGCGCGCAAGGCCUUCCUCCGCGCACGGCGCUGGGAGGGCCUGGGCUGGCAGGCCUUUGCCGCCAGCGCCGACCUGGAGUGGGCGGCGGCGGGCGGGGUGGACACCGUGCCGCGCAAGAUCCUGGAGCUGGGGCUGGAGCGACACCUGGCGGAGCCGGGGUACGUCCUGCACUACCUUGCCUUCCUCAGAGGGCUGGGGGACGUGGCCAACGCCCGGGCGCUGCUGGAGCGGGCGCUGCCCGCCAUGCCUGCCGAGCGCGGCCGCCCGCUGUGGGACGCGUACCUGGUGCUGGAGGCGGAGGCCGGCACGCUGGGCACGCUGCGCGGCGUGGAGGAGCGGCGCCGCGUCGCGCUGGCCGCGCUCGGACCCCCGCGCCCCGCGUCCGCCGAGGCGGUGGCCGAGGCCGGGCUCAAGUACGGCGCGCUGGGCCUGCUGCCCGCAUUCAUCCGCGACCUGCCGCCUGCCCACGCACUGGACGGCCCCACCCCCGACGUGGACCAGGUGUUGAGCGUGAUCAUGGCCAACGAUUACUCACCCGCCGGCAUCGACGCGCACGAGUUCGCGGCGGCGCGCGAGCGGCGGCGGCAGCGCGCGCAGCGCGAGGCGGAGGCCUACGGCAACCCCGCGGCGCCGGGGUUCGCCGCCGGCCCCGGCGGCGCGGUGCCGGCCGGCAUGCAGCCGCCCGCGCCCAAGCGCAAGCCCGACUACGGCAGCGACAGCGGGGAGGAGGAGGGCUCGCGUGUGCUUCGCCGUGUGCUGCGUCGCGGAGUGGCAGCGGCGGUCUCUGAAACGGCAGCUGCCCUGUUGGGACGCUUGCGUGGGCUGGGAGAGGCACUGGCGCUGCCCGCCGGGGUGGAGGCGCCCCUGGACUCUGUCUUCUGCGUGAAUUCAUGA